ACACCCAGUCGCAAAUCAACUACCAAUGGGCAAUCUGGGAACCAAAACCAGAACCAGAACCAGAACCAGAACGAGAAACAGCGCAAUGGUUUCAACGCAACCGCCACUACGGCCGCGACUUCUAAGCAUUAUGCUUCUCGAGUAGCGAAGGAAGAGGAAGAGAGACGAAAGUCCUUCUACAAUAUUUUAGGAGACAUGGAUCCUUAUAAGGGAACGCCUAAGGAGUUUAUUCAUCUCCUAGUAAACGCCGCGAUGCGUGAUGAAGAGAUAUCUAAAUCCAUUCACCGAAUGAACCAAGAGAGGAUACAAAAUCCAAGCUCCUGGACACCUAUGAGGCCACAUGAUCCUUUGCCAAUGAAUCAACCUUAUGGAACACCCGACCAACAGUCGAACCAGCAAGCACAAUCGCAGCCAAUUCCGAAUGCGCCUAUGCAACAACCUUUUAUACCGCCUGGGUAUGGACCGCAACCACCGCCACCACCGCCGCCAAUGCAGCACCAAGUCGGAUUUUACGUCUAUCCCCCGGCGACCCCGGGUCAGCCUCAUCAGGUAAUACCGAUGCCAAUGUACGGUUCACCAGCACCGAACAUGUAUCCCCCGUAUCCUCCAUAUCCUCAACCUCAGCCUCAACCUCAAUCUCAACCUCAAUCUCAACCGCAAUCUCAGCCACAACCUUCACCUGGGACGGGGGUUCCGCCUCCCCCUCCUUAUGCUACAGGCGCAUCCCAGAACCAAGCUGGAUUUUCUAUCACGCCUAACCCAGUUGCGCCUAAUAAGCCUCAUACGCACCAAAGCCCUUAUACACCCCUCCCCCCGCAACCUAUACCCCGGCUACCUUCAGCACAGAAAUCUACUGCAUCUAGUAAAGCGGAGACUAGUAUACGCAAGAACGCGAACGCAGCUCGCCAUUCAAAUCCAAGCGACAGCAUUCCUGCGAAUAAUGUCGCCGAUUCGGACAGUAACGCAACCUCGUACCAUACCGCGGAUGUAAUUGAUGAUGCUAAUGAGGACGAGGGUGACGGACCCAAUGAUAAUGACGAUGCCAAUGCGAAUGAUAGCGUCGACAUCAAUCCAGAUGAGAUGGACUUGGACGAUCAAGGUUCGGGACGUAAGGAACAAUCAUGUAAUUUCACAUGGGUCGUGGAUCGAGCCGAGACUCAAUUGGGUUGGACUGGCCAGUUUGAUAAAGAAUCCGAAACCAGACAAGAUACAAUAGGACAGUCUACAGCCUUCAAACUUCAGAAGCUCCUUAAGAGGAUGAACGCCAUGAUCGACAAGCACGUCACCUUCCGCAACCGGGUUCACAUUCUAACGGUGAUGCGUGAAGUGAUCAUGGCAACGCUGGAUACAGACUCUCGCAUCGGUAGUGUAUGUCGAAAGAAUGCCAAAGAGUACGACGAUACGUUCGUAGAGGCUGUGGGGAAGCUGUCGCCGAAACAUAUACGGGGCCUGAAAUCUUUGGAGGACGGUAAAUGGAGGGAGGAGAUGCGAAUGCUUGUCGACGAAGCCAAUCGGCAGUCCAUAUUUCCACGCCUCGCGGAAGUGCUUGCUUUGCUGGAUUCUUAGACAGUUGAAGGGAGGAUUGACUUGGGAUAAGCACGUUGUUUAGUUCACACGAGAUACCCAUUUACUUUAUGUCUUCGGAUUCUUGGGCGGUGGUACGGUAAGGCGUCAGAGGACGGGGUUUAAUUGCGCUGCCUAUAUCGUUUGAUGAUGGCUAUUAUUCCCGAUGUGUGCGUUUUAUAGAUGAUUCUAUGAAUGAAUUCUAUGCUUUAUCUCCUCGUCUUAAUCCUGUCGGUAUAUAACAAAUUACCUAGAUAUCUGAAAGUACCUUGGAAUAGACGCUAAACAAUAGUUACAGUCA